CUUCAUCUGCACUCUCAGCGAGGCGCAUAUUGGCGCUCCAGUUGCGUACGCUCUCGGCGGCAUUCUCGCUGGGACCGCCGCCAAAGCCCUGUCUCUCAGCUAUGGCGACGGCGCCGGUGAAGUCGCAGCAGCCGCUCCACAACUUCUCCCUCGCUGGUUUCCUCAGCUGGGGCGGGGCCACCUCCUCCUCCUCCUCCGGCCACCCCCACCCCCACCCCCACCACCACCGUAACCGCCGCCUCCCUCCCGCCUCCGGCGACUCCCCUCCUCCUCCGCCGCCUCCCGACGACUCCGACCCCGAGUCGAGGCCGCCGCGCGUCGGAUCACGCCCCUCUCGCAGCCCUAGCCGCCACCUCGCGCCCUCCGAGCGGCUCCCGCCCCCGGAGGGGGAGCAUCGGAAUCGCGCGGCCGGGGGCGGCGCGAGCGAGGACGGUAAGGCGGAGGAGGCCGAGGCGGCGCGGAGGCCGUGGAAUCUGAGGCCGAGGAGGGCGGUGAAUCCUCCUCCUCUUUCGUUAAGGGACGGCGAGUCGUUUCGCGACGCCGCGUACGGUGCGUUCGGCGGGGACAAGGAGGAUUACGCGCAGCAGCAGCCGAAAUCCGUGCGGUUGCGAGGCUUCGCGGAGGAGGGAGAGAGGAAGGAGAAGAGGAGGUUCUGGUUAUCGCUGUCGAAGGAGGAGAUCGAGGAGGACAUAUUCGUCAUGACGGGGUCGAGGCCUGCCCGGAGGCCUAGGAAGAGGCCCAAGAACGAGCAGAAGCAGCUUGAUAUUGUUUUUCCGGGUUUAUGGUUGGUGGGGCUCACAGCAGAUGCUUACCGUGUGGCCGAAGCUCCGGCCAAGAGAUAGUUGGCGCUGAGGGAGGAUAUGUUGCCCAUUUCCUGAGCUGGAGGUCUCUCUUUCUCCCUCUCUCAACCAAAUUGUCAUGUUCUGGAGAUCUUUGGUGUCUUUGCCCUGAGAACUUUUUGAUACAUGAAGGCGUAUAUUGCAGAGAUAGAAGGUGUUCCAGAGCCAGAAGUCGUGACGCUUGAAAGCCUGUGGAGGCUCUUGAGCAUCGGGCGCUUUCACACAUCAACUAGAGGUGAAACAUGGUUAGUUGUUACAGGAAUGGGAAAAGUAUCAAAUUAGGGGAAGGGACGAAGUUAUUGUUCAAUUUUUUUGUUUGUCUAUCUAAAUUUAUUUUUCCUACUAGGUGUUUUCUGGGUAAAGAAGUUUGGUUUAGUAAUUGUUCAGCGAUUGCAAGUAGCACAUGUAAAUGUGAAAAUAGGGGCUGAGGAAGAAUCGGCAGAGCUUAUUUUGGGUAAUUUAUAGUAUGCUUUGUCCAUUAUGAUCUCCCUUUGUUUGUGUUUGGAGAUACUAUAUUGGUUGAAUAGAUAAAAAUCCU